GGUCUUGGGCUCAGCUGUCUUCGGCUUCCUUCGGGCGACGCUCGUCUCGACUUCGGCUCCUCUUCGGCCGAGCUCGGAUGACUCUCGUCCUCUCGGGCUCGACUCCCUUCGCCGGCGUUCGGCCACGGCCCGGAAAAGCGCCCAUGAAACCCGGACCGUCAGCUCCACUGACGGCUAUGGCGCCGCUGUUGGAAUACGAGCGGCAGCUGGUGCUGGAACUACUCGAAGCGGAUGGGCUGGUGGUGUGCGCCCGCGGACUCGGCGCGGACAGGCUCCUGUACCACUUCCUCCGGCUGCACUGCCAUCCUGCAUGCCUGGUCCUGGUGCUCAACACACAGCCGACCGAGGAGGAGUAUUUUAUCAAUCAGCUGAAGAUAGAAGGAGUGGAACACCUCCCUCACCGUGUAACAAAUGAAAUCACAAGCAACAGUCGCUAUGAGGUUUACACACAAGGAGGUGUGAUAUUUGCAACAAGUCGAAUACUUGUGGUUGAUUUCUUGACUGAUAGAAUACCUUCAGAUUUAAUUACUGGCAUCUUGGUGUAUAGGGCUCAUAGAAUAAUCGAGUCCUGUCAAGAAGCAUUCAUUUUGCGCCUCUUUCGCCAGAAAAACAAACGUGGUUUUAUUAACUUCACAGACAACGCUGUUGCCUUUGAUACUGGUUUUUGUCAUGUGGAAAGAGUGAUGAGAAAUCUUUUUGUAAAGAAGCUGUAUUUGUGGCCAAGGUUUCAUGUAGCAGUAAACUCGUUUCUAGAGCAGCACAAGCCUGAAGUGGUGGAGAUUCAUGUCUCUAUGACGCCAGCCAUGCUGGCCAUGCAGACCGCUAUCCUGGACAUUUUAAACGCGUGCCUGAAGGAACUGAAAUGCCAUAACCCUUCCCUUGAAGUCGAAGAUUUAUCUUUAGAAAAUGCUAUUGGAAAAGCCUUUGACAAGACAAUCCGCCAUUAUCUGGAUCCUUUGUGGCACCAGCUUGGAGAGACUAAAUCCUUGGUUCAGGAUUUGAAGAUAUUACAAACUUUACUGCAAUAUCUCUCUCAGUAUGAUUGUAUUACAUUUCUAAAUCUUCUGGAAUCUCUGAGAGCAACAGAGAAGGCUUUUGGUCAAAAUUCAGGUUGGCUAUUUCUUGACUCCAGCACCUCCUUUGUGAAUGCUCGAGCAAGGGUUUAUCGCAUUCCAGAUGCUAAAAUGAGUAAAAAAGGCAAAGUGUCCGGAAAAGUGGAGAUUAAAGAAGAGCAAGAAACAAAGAAGGAGCUGGUCCUAGAAAGCAACCCUAAGUGGGAAGCACUGACCGAAGUCCUGAAAGAAAAUUGAGGCAGAAAUGCGGAGAGUGAAGCCCUUGGUGGUCCAGUUUCCUUUGCCAACUUAGGCUAUGCCCUUAAUUUGUCAAGUACUUAUUGUGCAAGCGAUGACCGAACGUGUUCCCAGCUAAGAGAGUACAUCACUGUUGGAGCAGAGGCCUUCUUGCUGAGACUCUACAGGAAAACUUUUGAGAAGGAUAGCAAAGCUGAAGAAGUGUGGAUGAAUUUCAGAAAGGAGGAUGUUGAGAGAAUUAGGAAAUCUAACAAAAGACCCAAAGAACCCCCCGCAAAAAAAGAGCGAGCUUCUACCAAAGAAAGGACUCUGAAAAAGAAAAAAACAAAGGUUAACUUUAACUCAGAUGAUGGGAAAUCUGAAGAACUUGAAGAGGGGGAUGGCAAGGAAGGAUAUCCUGGAGACUUAGGCAGUAGCCCAGGCUGCUUAGAAGAAAGUAAGCCUGAGGAGUGAGUUAACUUGUCAUCAGAUGCUGCUUAUGGAAUUAAGGACCCCCUCACUAUCAUCCACCCACUUCUGGGUUGUAGCGACCCCUACGCCCCUGCGACAAGGGUACUCCAUGAAGUAGAGCCAAGAUACGUGGUUCUGUAUGACGCAGAAUUAACGUUUGUUCGUCAGCUUGAAAUUUACAGGGCAAGUAGGCCCGGGAAACCUCUCAGGGUUUACUUUCUUAUAUACGGAGGUUCAACCGAGGAACAACGUUAUCUCACUGCUUUGCGGAAGGAAAAGGAAGCUUUUGAAAAACUCAUAAGGGAAAAGGCUAGCAUGGUUGUCCCUGAAGAAAGGGAAGGCAGAAAUGAAACAAACCUAGACCUGGUAAGAGGCUCUGUGUCUACAGGUGUUCCCAUCGACUCGCGGAAAGCAGGUGGCCAGGAACAGAAAGGUACACAGCAGACGAUCGUGGUGGAUAUGCGUGAGUUUCGAAGUGAACUCCCAUCUCUGAUCCACCGCCGGGGCAUCGACAUCGAGCCAGUGACCUUGGAGGUUGGAGAUUACAUUCUGACUCCAGACAUGUGCGUGGAGCGCAAGAGCAUCAGUGAUUUGAUCGGCUCCUUAAACAACGGCCGCCUCUACAGCCAGUGCAUCUCCAUGUCCCGCUACUACAAGCGCCCAGUGCUUUUGAUCGAGUUCGACCCCAGUAAGCCCUUCUCUCUCAUUGCCCGAGGUGCCUUCCAUCAGGAGAUCUCCAGCAACGACAUUAGUUCCAAACUCACACUCCUCACCCUUCACUUCCCCAGACUCCGGAUCCUCUGGUGUUGCUCCCCUCAUGCCACCGCGGAGUUGUUCGAGGAGCUGAAACAAAAUAAGCCACAGCCUGAUGCAGCGACAGCCAUGGCUGUUACCGCAGAUUCUGAAACCCUCCCUGAGUCAGAAAAGUAUAAUCCUGGCCCCCAGGACUUCUUGUUAAAAAUGCCAGGGGUAAAUGCCAAAAACUGUCGCUCCGUGAUGAGCCACGUUAAGAACAUUGCAGAAUUAGCAAGCCUGUCACAAGACAAGCUCGCAAGUAUCCUGGGGAACGCUGCAAAUGCUAAGCAGCUUUAUGACUUCAUUCACACCUCUUACGCAGAGAUUCUGUCUAAAGGGAAAGUGAAAAAAUGAACAAUGGUGGCUGUUUUCCUACCCCGUGACUGUGCUUUUCAGCUGUUCUUUGCCAGCCAUAAUAGAUUGUUAUUAAUUAUUAGCUCAGCAUCUCAUUCUCUUCCAGUGUUUUUAAUGAUUGUGCUGUUUCCUGGUUGAGUGGAUCAGAAGCCAAGGUUCCUCCCUGAACUUUGCAUUCAGGCAUCUUUUCUGACUUACCUGUACCCGGUCUCCUCCCUUCCUGUGCCAGCCAUGCCAGGUGUGUGUGUUCAGUUUUGAAGCGAGGUAUGUCAGGAUCAGGUAAUGUUUCUGUAAGUGCUUACAGAAGGCCACUUUGGAGACAGCCAAAGUUUGUCUCCUACCCAAACUGAUAAAACACACAGUCAGUUGUGUCCUCACCCUCUGUCCACAGAGAUACCCCGGAACACUGAGGAGGAAACGUCUCUUUGCCAUUCCCCACCAGUUUCUCUCCUCCACAUCUUCAUCCAUGACGUACUUCUCCCGCUUCUGAGAAAACUGCAUGGGGACUGCCGCCUGAUGAGCUAAGACAGCCACCUCUGAAACUGGCUGGUUGAUUUCCUAGACACCUAAAUAGAUGUCGAUGUAGCACUCAAUAUCAUUCAAAACCAGCAUUUUUAAAACAUAAAAUGAAUUGCCUAUUUAUAGAAUUUAAUGCUGUAGUUGAGGAACCCUCAGAAUUCUCUGUUUUUACUGUGAUAUUUAAACUCCUAAAGAUUUGGUUUUCCUUCCUUGAGACAAAAAACUGUAAAUAUAUGGAAAAUCAAUGCAUAGAUUAUAUAAAAAUUCUAAAGAAAUAUAUACGUAUUUAAAAAUUCAUAAAGAAAACAGUCUCAUUCUAAACCUUCUGAUUGAUUUCAUUUUGCCCUUUACUGGUGUGUAUGUACGGGACAUUCAGAGCAUCUCUGUGCAGUUUUUAAAUUUUUAUACUUAAAUAUUAUUAACUUAGGUAUUAUGCACAUACAUAGCAAUGAGUGGCAAUUUUUCUACCUCAAGAGCUGAUGUAGAUGUCUGUUCCGAGAGCCAUACCACACAGCUGGGUGCUCCAGCGGUGUCAACCGUGCCCUCAGUCCACACCGCCGAGCUUAGCGGAGACCGUGGGCCCUGGAGCACAGACAUGGUUGUCAGCUUCCACUCACAUGCUUUUAACUGUCCUCUCCAGACUGAGCCAUACUGACGCCUCAAUUUCUUGGUAUGUUAACAUAUGUUAAUACAGUUAAAGUGUAUGUGGGUUUUGAACUCUGUACAGAAUGCUGCCAGAAUGAGUUGAGGGUUAUCAAAGAGCCCCGUUGGUUGUUGUAGAACUCUGUACAGUGGUUUGGAGGGUAGAGAAGAGGACAAGAAACAGAAAUUAGUUUAAGAUAGAGUAAAGAUUUGAGCUACCCACUAAUUUUCUCCCAGGGUUAAAAAUAUACUCUUGACAAUAGAAAACAAAAAUGUCAGAUACGUUUCACUUUUGUAUGUGUUUCUUUAUCUAAGACUUCAAUUGUAAUUAAAAUUGCAUU